AUGUCGUUCAGUCAAAUGAGACCUCGAACAUCACAGUUGGUGGAGCUCCAUGUUUUUUAUGUCCCAGAAGAAGUGUGGAACUUCAAGCUGAAUACAGUUCCUGUAGCUCUUACUAGCAAAUUCAUCUCCGCUGGAUUUAUAAGGGUGUCUCCUCACAUCACAUUAAGAGUGCUACGGGAGAAGCUUGGGGAGUACCUGGGUGGAGUUGGAGUUGCAGAUAAAUUCAAAUUUUUAAAAUGCAUUGGGAAAAAACUAGCAGUGGUGAAAGCAAAGCAAGAAACAGAACUGGAACUGAAGUCAUUUGCUCCUCCUUAUGCACUUUAUCCUGAGUUAUAUUUAUUACCUGGAGUGGAAUACUUUGAAGAUGUUUAUCCAUUAUCAUCAUCUACUCAACAGAGACAUCCCUUUAAUGAAGAAGCUAAUAGGUUUGGUCAUGGAUCAAGAUUAUCCAAUCUUCCCCAACAAAAACCUGAAAAAAGCAAACAAUUUUUAGAAAGCAUACAAAGCAGUCAUCAGCUAGAAAAUCAGGAGAUGCACAGUCCUGUGGAAUGGGUUGAGAAAGAACAUGUUCCAGUUUUACACACAAAACAUAAGCAAGACCGUAACAACAGGAUUCAAGAAAAACAGAUGCAGUUUAGAGGAAAAGAUCAAAAUGGAUCCAGUGGAUCUCUCUUCACACCAAGUCAUUCAAAUCCUGCAGAUUGGGAGUCUGGAAAGAGUGAUACGAUAUUACAGACCUCUCAGCAAAAUCAUCUCAGCCAAGAUCAGGAGCCUAACACUCCUAAGUGGAAUGACAAAGCCAAAGGAACUGCUCUUACCCUUCAUGUAAACCACGGUGAUGAACAAGGCCAGAAUAACCAAAGACCCCAAAAUCACAUUAAAUACCGAAAGGAACUAACAAACAUGGAUAAUAAUGAUGACCAAAAAGAUACCAAACUAAGAAGAGACAGAACACAGGAUGCUGGAAUUCUUAAAAUAAUGGAAGACCAAACCACAGAAUACGUAUGCAAAAAACAAAGCUUGCAGCAAUACAGAACUAGCAAGUCUAUAGCUGAUCCUGGUGAAAAACUGGAUAAUCAGGCAGAUGAAAACAAGCAAAAUCAUCUUACUUGUCUGAAAGAAUAUAUUUCGCCUCCUAGUCCACCUUUUCUGGCACUUCCUGUAAAUCCAGCUCAACUUCCUGCAGGUCAGGCAGCAAAAAACAAGAUGGUGGAACAAUUGCAACAAAUGAAGAAAGACAGAAGGCACAUGGAAAAAACUAGGGAAGAACUGAUCAAAAAAGCUAAAGGGCUACUAGAACAAAAUAAGCUGAGGAGAUACCACGUUCGUGAGGAAUGGAAAAAGAAGUACUUUGAAACUAAGAAAGCUACGGUUUCACUGGAGGGUACUUUAAACAAACUGCGACAAGAUUUAGAGCUUUAUCACCAGAAAUUACUCUUGCAAUUGGAAGCCAGAGAUAGCCGAAAACGACCAAACAUUAUGACAAACUCCAAGAAUUACACAAUCAUCCGGAUUACUACCGUGCAGCAUGAACUCGAUCAACUGAGGAGGAAGCUGGAUGAUACAAAAAUGAAACUUGUAAUAGAAAUUAAGAUGAGAAAGCAGGCAGCAUCUGAUUUACGAGCACUGAGAGCGGAACUGACACAGAAGAAGAUCCAUUCAGCUUUAAUUCUUCAGUCCAGAAAAUCAGGAAUUUAAGAGGGUGACAUGACUUAAAGUCUUCAGAAGCUCUGUGAUGUCCACCUGUUGGGAUAUCCAUGCCGUUCUUUUAGCAGGAUCAACAAUUUCCUUAAGAGGUACAU